GGAGAGAGAAGGGGAGAGAGAGUGUGAGUCCAGGUCUCUCUCUGCUGCUCUCUCCACUUUGGGUACUCGUACCCAAUCUGACUCAAUGGGGUUUUAGCACCAAGGGGUUAAACGUUACAAUUAUAUUUAUUAACCCCAUACCCCGUUUGGUGUUCAGGUUUUUUAUGUAUUAACUCAGACGUUGCUAACUGAUCAAGGGAUAAAGGUGAAGACGUCUCCGGAGGCGUGCCUUUUUGUCUGCUGCCCCGCAGAAGGUUCAGUCGGGCUCCCCAUCCGCGGCUGGCUCUCUGUGAGAGGAUAACAUCCACCUUCUCCGGCGUUCACAGCUCAGCCAGGCCGGCAAACCUCUGCAACGCUAUGGAUAUUCGAGACUGUGCCUUCCGGAAGAAGCGGAGACCGUGGCGCAUGGGCUUCCCAUCCUUCGCCUUGGUGACCGUGGCGCUCACCUUGUGCCAGACUACCGUGGCUCGGGCAGAUCCAGUGGACGUGCUUCGGGCUCUGCAGGUUCCUUCACUUCCUGAGGGGGUGAAGAAAGUUCCAGGCUUCUGCACAUCCCGCCGCUCCAGCAGCCCCGACCAUGCUUACCGUAUCACCAAGAAGGCCCAGAUCUCUGCCCCCACCAAGCAGCUCUUCUCAGGUCGUUUCCCAGAGAACUUCUCCAUCAUGACUCUGAUCAAGCCCCAGGCUGGUCUCCAAGCCUUCCUCCUGUCAAUCUACAGUGAGCAGGGGAUCCAGCAGUUGGGCAUUGAACUGGGACGCUCGCCUGUCUUCCUGUACGAGGACCAACACGGAAAACCAGCCCCCGAGGAUUACCCGCUCUUCAAAGGCAUCAACCUGGCUGAUGGCAAGUGGCAUCGGAUCGCUUUCUCUGUUUCAAAGAAAAAUGUGACGCUGCUGCUGGACUGCAAGAAGAAAAUGACCCGUCCCCUGGCCAGAGGCAAUAAUGCUCAAGUUGACACCAAUGGUAUCACAGUGUUUGGAGCUCGUCUGCUUGACGAGGAAGUUUUCCAGGGAGACAUCCAGCAGCUGUUAAUUGCCUCCAACCCUCAGGCAGCAUAUGACUUCUGUGAACAUUACAGCCCCGACUGUGACUCCCCUCUGCCCAAAACCCAAGCUCAGGACCCCAACACAUACAAGAAAACAGUCAAUGGAAAAGCAGCUCCCCCCAAAGCCCUCGUAAAAGCCAAACCCACUCCAGCUAGGUCAGCCAAGACUGGAUCGUACAAAGUGGUAGUCAAGCCACCUAUGCCCACCAAAGCUCCUAAAUCUUCUAAAGUAAAACCAACGGCAGCACAGGUCUUCUUGUCUAAGAUCAAACCAACUGCAGCAAGUAAACCUAAACCCACACCUGCCCCAACUAAGAACGGAAAUGGCAAACCGACCGCUCAGAAGAAACCAACUACCGGAGCUAAAGCCAACGGUAAUGCUAAUGGAAAGCUAUCUCUGGUGAAAUCCAACGGCAACAGCAAAGCUCAGACCAACACAAAUGGAAACGGCAAAGGAAACGGAAAAGCCUCCGUUGUGUCUAAGGUGAAUGGAAAUGGAAACGGCAAAGCUUCGGCUGAGAAGAAAGCCGUUGGAAAUGGCAAAACUGCUACUGAAGUCAAAGUUAACGGUAAAUCUGGAAAUAAAGUCAACGAUGCAGCUAAAGCAAAUGACAACAAUAAAGAGGCUCAUAAAGGGCCCACAAAAAAUAAAGCCACUACCGGGACAAAGACUGUGAACACUGCAGCUACAUUAAGUCCCAAGUUGAAAGCUACUAAAGCACCCAAACCCACAAAACCAGCUGCUACAAAAGUGACGAAACCCGCUGCCACCAAAGCUCCUGCAGCAAAGAGCCAAGUUAAAAAUGUAGUCAACAAGGUUCCUCCAGUCAAACCAACAGUCAGCAAACCUGCAAAGGUUUCCAAGCCAACGUCUCCAGUCAUCCGACCCACUCCAUCUAGACCCACGAGACCCAAGGUGAUAGACGAAAAUGUCAAAUCCCAUCACAGACCUUUGCCACCGUUUGGCAAGACUGCUCUGAGCGGAACUACAUCGACGACUAAGAAAGUUACCAACCCAUAUCAACAGGACGUAGACACUGAAUAUUCUGAGGCUGGCCACACCCCUACAGAGACCGAUUAUUACUAUGAGGAGAUGCUUCCACAGCCAGACGGUGAGGUGAUUGGACAAGAAGAGAUAUCUGUUCAGCCCCAGGUAGAACCGGCCCUGGAAGGAGAGGUGGUAGAUGCCACAAAGGCGGGCGAAGUGGGAGAAGAAGUCUUCACUGAGGAGUAUGUGACUGGAGACGUGGGCAUGAGGGAAUAUGAUUAUUCCUACAAAGACUACAAUGAGCCGGUACCAGAGACCCGAGAGGCCGAUGGCCACAUGGGGCCCGCCUUGUCCGCUGUGACGGACGAGGGAGGCGCCAGCAUCAGUGGCCAGAAAGGAGAGAAGGGAGAACCGGCCGUCUUGGAGCCUGGAAUGCUGAUUGAAGGUCCUCCAGGGCCUGAAGGACCAGCUGGGCUUCCAGGACCUUCUGGUCCUUCUGGACCUCCUGGCUCAAUGGGUGACCCUGGUGAGAGGGGUCCUCCUGGUAGGGCUGGUCUGCCCGGGGCAGAUGGAGUUCCUGGACCUCCUGGAACCUCAGUCAUGCUGCCCUUCCGCUUUGGACAGAGUGGAGGAGAUAAGGGUCCCGUUGUUUCUGCACAGGAAGCUCAGGCAGCAGCCAUCUUGUCCCAGGCCAGGAUGGCUCUGAAGGGACCUCCUGGACCAAUGGGAUUCACAGGACGCCCAGGACCCCUGGGAAGUCCAGGAAGUCCAGGUUUGAAAGGAGAGGGUGGAGACCCGGGUCCUCAGGGUCCCAGGGGCGUCCAGGGUUUGAUGGGUCCUCCUGGCAAAUCUGGAAGAAGAGGCCGUGCAGGCGCUGAUGGUGCUCGGGGAAUGCCAGGAGAGACGGGAUCCAAGGGUGACCGUGGUUUUGAUGGUCUUCCUGGUCUGCCUGGUGAUAAAGGACACAGAGGCGACCCAGGUCCAAUGGGACCACAGGGAUCUCCUGGAGAAGAUGGAGAGAGGGGAGACGAUGGAGACAUUGGGCCCAGGGGUCUCCCAGGUGAACCCGGACCUCGUGGUUUGCUUGGCCCUAAAGGUCCCCCUGGAAUCCCUGGACCUCCUGGUGUGAGAGGAAAUGAUGGACCCCAUGGUCCCAAAGGAAACUUGGGUCCCCAAGGUGAGCCAGGACCUCCUGGUCAGCAGGGAACUCCAGGAACUCAGGGAAUGCCAGGACCUCAGGGAGCUAUUGGACCUCCAGGAGAGAAAGGUCCCACCGGAAAACCAGGUUUGCCUGGUAUGCCAGGCGCUGAUGGCCCUCCUGGUCACCCAGGAAAGGAGGGGCCAUCUGGCACUAAAGGAAAUCAGGGUCCCAGCGGUCCUCAGGGAGCUAUAGGCUAUCCUGGCCCCCGUGGCAUUAAGGGAGCUCAAGGAAUCCGUGGUCUGAAGGGUCACAAAGGAGAGAAGGGAGAAGAUGGUUUCCCUGGAAUUAAAGGAGAUUUUGGUGUCAAGGGAGAGAGGGGUGAGAUUGGUGUACCUGGACCCAGAGGAGAGGACGGCCCUGAGGGGCCAAAGGGUCGUGUCGGGCCCCCUGGUGAGCUUGGACCACUUGGUCUUGCUGGGGAGAAGGGUAAACUUGGUGUACCUGGACUUCCUGGAUAUCCUGGAAGACAAGGACCAAAGGGAUCUCUUGGAUUCCCUGGAUUUCCAGGCUCAAAUGGAGAGAAGGGAACAAGGGGCGUUACUGGAAAACUGGGACCAAGAGGACAAAGAGGGCCGACGGGCCCGAGAGGCCAGAGAGGGCCGAGGGGAGCGACUGGGAAACCCGGAGCAAAGGGAACGUCUGGAAGUGAUGGACCUCCAGGUCCUCUUGGAGAGAGGGGAUUGCCUGGACCACAGGGAGCCAAUGGCUUCCCCGGACCCAAAGGACCUCCGGGACCCCCGGGGAAAGAUGGACUGCCUGGACAUCCUGGACAGAGAGGAGAAGUUGGUUUCCAAGGUAAAGUGGGUCCACCUGGGCCUCCUGGAGUUGUCGGACCUCAGGGUCCAUCAGGAGAAACUGGACCCAUGGGUGAGCGGGGUCAUCCUGGCCCACCUGGUCCACCUGGAGAGCAGGGACUUUCUGGUCCAUCAGGGAAAGAGGGCACUAAGGGGGACCCUGGACCUCCAGGAGGCCCUGGAAAAGACGGGCCCCCAGGUCUGAGAGGUUUCCCUGGAGAGAGAGGACUCCCUGGAACCCCCGGUGGAGGAGGACUGAAAGGAAGUGAAGGACCUGCCGGACCUCCUGGACCUGCUGGCUCUCCUGGUGAGAGGGGUCCGGCUGGAACCGCUGGACCUGUGGGACCUCCUGGCAGACCAGGUCCACAGGGGCCUCCUGGACCAGCUGGAGAGAAGGGGGUCCCGGGAGAAAAAGGACCCAUUGGCCCGGCGGGUCGAGACGGAGUUCAAGGACCGGUGGGUCUGCCUGGUCCUGCUGGAUCUCCUGGAGUACCAGGAGAGGAUGGAGAUAAGGGCGAGGUUGGAGAACACGGUCAGAAGGGCGCCAAGGGAGGAAAAGGAGAGCAUGGUCCUCCUGGUCCACCCGGCCCGAUGGGUCCUGUUGGUCAGCCUGGUCCUGCUGGGGCAGAUGGAGAGCUGGGACCGAGGGGCCAGCAGGGGCCUUUUGGGGCUAAAGGAGAUGAAGGAACUCGAGGAUUCCCAGGAGCUCCAGGACCGAUCGGACUUCAGGGACUUCCUGGUCCACCUGGUGAGAAGGGAGAAACAGGCGACGUUGGACCUUUGGGUCCACCGGGCCCCCCCGGACCCCGCGGCCCUGCUGGGCCCAGCGGCGCCGACGGUCCUCAAGGUCCUCCUGGUGGUGUGGGCAAUCCUGGACCUCUUGGAGAAAAGGGAGAACCUGGUGAAGCCGGACCUCCUGGUGUUGGAGGAGAGCCUGGAAAGAAGGGUCCUCGUGGAGAGCGUGGAGAGAAAGGAGAAGCCGGACAGCCUGGAACCGCCGGACCUGCAGGAGGAAGAGGCCGACCCGGAGACGACGGACCCAAAGGAAACCCAGGUCCUGUUGGUUUCCCUGGUGAUCCUGGCCCCGCUGGUGAGGUCGGACCCAGAGGUCAAGAUGGCGCCAAGGGUGAGAGAGGAGAGGACGGUGAACAGGGAGAGUCGGGCUCCCCAGGACCUCCUGGUGAGAACGGACCUCCUGGCCCCCCAGGAAAGAGGGGUCCUGCUGGAACAAGAGGAGCUGAGGGACGACAAGGAGAGAAAGGGACCAAGGGAGAUCCAGGUGCAGUUGGUCCUCCUGGGAAGACGGGCCCUGUGGGCCCCCAGGGUCAGCCAGGAAAACCAGGAACCGAGGGACUCAGAGGCCUCCCAGGAUCAGUGGGCGAGCAAGGAUCUCCAGGUCCUGCUGGACAGAAAGGACCACCUGGACCGAUGGGACCUCCUGGUCUGCCUGGUCUGCGUGGAGAUCCUGGUGCAAAGGGAGAGAAGGGACACCAGGGUCUGAUUGGUCUGAUUGGACCUCCAGGAGAGCAGGGAGAGAAGGGAGACAGAGGUCUACCCGGGCCUCAGGGAUCCUCUGGAUCCAAAGGAGAGCCUGGAAUGUCUGGAGGCACCGGACCUCUGGGACCUGCUGGUCCUCCUGGUCUCCCUGGUCCCCAAGGUGUUAAAGGAGCAAAGGGUUCAACCGGAGGAUCUGGUCCAAAAGGAGAAAAGGGUGUACAAGGACCUCCAGGGCCUCCGGGUCCUCCAGGCGAGGUCAUUCAGCCCAUCCCCAUCCAGAGGAGCCCCAAGUCCAAACGCUCCAUCGACGCCAGCCAGCUCCUGCCUGAGUUCGACCCAGACAUGCCUGCGUCUGACGCCGCCGGCGCCGAGUUCCUGAUGGGCAGCGAUGGCAUGGAGGAGAUCUUCGGCUCGCUAAACUCUCUACGGCAGGAGAUCGACACCAUCCGCUUCCCUCUGGGCACCCAGGACAGCCCGGCUCGCACCUGCCAGGACCUGCACCUCAGCCAGCCAGAACUCAAGGAUGGAGAAUACUGGAUCGACCCCAACCAGGGCUGCUCCAGGGACUCCUUCAAGGUUUUCUGUAACUUCACUAACGGAGAAACGUGUCUCUACCCCAGAAAAGACAUCGAUACGGUAAAGAUGAGCUCCUGGACCAAAGAGACACCCGGCUCGUGGUACAGUCAGUUUGCCACUGGCAGUAAGUUCUCCUACGUGGAUUCCAACGGCGAGCCCGUGGGCGUGGUCCAGCUGGGCUUCCUGCGUCUCCUGAGCGUCCAGGCCCGUCAGAACCUAACAUACCACUGCCACCGCUCAGUGGCCUGGGCCGACCGGAGUGCCAAGAACAACCACAAGAGGGCGCUGCACCUGAGAGCCGCCAACGACGAGGAGCUGAGCUACGAGACCAACCCUUACAUCAAAGCGUUGAUCGACGGCUGCUCUUACCGUAAAGGCUUCGACAGGACAGUCCUGGAGAUCAACACACCGCAGCUGGAGCAUCUCCCCCUGCUGGACAUCAAGGUGACAGACUUUGGGGAGAGCAACCAGCAGUUUGGCUUUGAAGUGGGACCUGUCUGUUUCCAGGCCUAAACACACACACACACACACACACAGAAAACAUGCAAACACUCACACAUACACACACACACAUGCACUUAAACACACACACACGUGAUCACCAAACACGGCCGGUAAUUUGUAAAUUAACUUGUAAAUGAUAUUAAACACACAAACCCACACAGAUCCACACAUUCAUUAUGUGCCUCGGGAAACGAUUCCCCAGCGGCGAACGGACUUAAAAAAAAAAACAGAGAAGUGAAAUAAAACUUGUGAAGCGGAGAGCGGCGACUGGAAGCAAGACGAUGUAGACGGAGGAAAAAACCAGGAGAGAACAUUCCUUGGAAUAAAACAAGAUUUUAUGAGCAACAAAAGGGCCUGAGAGAGAAGCGGCAGCUCCCUCGUCUCCAGCCCCCCCAUCUCACCCCUCUGACUCCUUCCUCCUCCUGAAAAGACGAGUCCAUCCCUUUAUCUCCAGGUUUGAUGUUCAAGCAACAUGAUUAACAAUAAAGAUGUCCCUGUCUUCCUAUAAAUAGAUUAUUCCCUUUGGUUCGCAGCUUUAACAUCGGUCGGCUUUAAAUCCUUUGGGUUUUUUACAACAACUUGAAUAAAUGUGAUUUUUUUCUUGUGCCACAUUUUACCUCAAAUUAAAUCUGGAAUCAGUCAGAACGGCAGAAACAAAAAUCAAACCAAAGCUUUAGCUGUUGCUCGUCUAAACGGUUUAUUUCUUGUCUCCUCGCAUGUUAAUCGUGUUGCUUGCAUGUAACCUCGUGUCCUUCCCCGUCAGAAGGAACCAAAGACCCGAUGGCGCCAGUUUCCACCCAGACAUAAACAGCAGCUCCUGACCUCCUGCUUAUCUGGCUCUGGAUCAUUUCCAUCCUGAACUUUCUGCUCUGUAAAGCUGCUUUAACCGACACCUUUUACUGUCCAACAUGUGAUUCCCAGCUAAAAAACAAAUGACCAUUAAAAUCUUUUCUAAGGUGCUUUUAAACUCAGCAUUUCUGUUCAUUCGAUGAGUCGAAGCCGACAUCAGUAAAGUUGAAGCCAUUUUUAUAAGCUGUGCUAAACGUCAUGCUGUGGAACAUGAAUGUUGCAACAAAAAUCCUAUAAAUGGUUACAGAGGCUCACAGUUCUCUGGGAACCUAAACGCUCCUUCCUGUUCCCUGAUGUUUCCUCACAUUUCUAGGGAUGAUUUACUGAAUUAAACUGUGUGGCAAGGUGCUAAUUACACAAAAGUCCUCCCUUUUUUUUUUUUUUUUUGUCUCUUUUCUAUUUCACGAAGCCUAUUAGGAGGGAAAUGUGCAUUACAGUACAUGUGUACAGAAAUAGCAAUAUUUUAUUGUAUUUAUUUAAAACAGACAGGGUGCUAUGAGAAUAAAAUACGAACUGACUAUUAUUACAGACAGCCGUGUGUUUCAGUUGUAUUUAUUUUAAUGCAGCUCAGCUGGAGGGAGGAUUGAUGUGAUAAAGUCAGUCAGCCGGAGCUGCGGUGCUUCUGUCCACACCCUGAACAACCAAAGAAUCUGUGGCCGUGUCUUAUUGUAAUAUCCCGUUUAUAAUGUUGUUAUCAGCUGUACUGUGCCUUCAGAUGUUGCUUCCACUAUAAAGAUUAAACGGUGACUCUCCAGUUCUGUCACAUUUCUGUUUCUUGACUACAGCAGCAGCAUUUCCAAUCCUGCGGUUAUCAAAGCAGAGGUUCUAAAUAUACAAAAACACCCAAACCUUACUUUUAUUUUAACUUCCUGUGUGAGACCAUGGCGAGGGAGAGGAAGGUGGUGAGUGGGGGUGGAUAAGUGUUGGUCAUUCAAGAUGGAGUGAGACGUAAAUCCUAAAAUUAUGGGGUGAUUUCUGACUGGACUUCUGGUUUUGUGUCUUUAUUUUUAUUUUUUUAAAUAUAGCGGUAAAGCGGGGAGGGAACGUCAAAAAGCUCAAACCAAAACAAUCUGCCCUCCUAAAGACAACCUCAACUAUUUGUUUUUAUCAUUUUCAAGACAUUCAACAUGAAAAUAUGGUGCUGAGAACUUUGAUUUUAUAAUGUCUGUAAGUAAUUUUUUUUAAAGUUUGUUCGGUUAAUAUAUAAUCUUUUUAAAAGGA